UUGCUAUACUCAAAAUACUAUAUACUAUAUAAAACAUAUAUACUCAAAAUAUCUUAUGUACUUUUUCUCUUUGUUUGCUUUCUUCUAUAUAUUUCUUUCUUUAUUCUAUUUGUUUUGUCCAUUAGCAAUAGAAUUAAGCACAAUGCAUGAUCACACUCACCAAUACCCUCUUCCUUGUUUGUAUUGUCAUCCACAUAGCUAUAUUAGAAUGGUUCAAAAUCUCAUAGAGAGAUGCAUGAUCUUUCACAUGAGUCAAGACCAAUGCAUAAAGGCACUAGAAGAACAUGCAGGGAUUCAGCCACUUGUUACUCUUACAGUGUGGAGAGAGUUGCAAAAGGAGAAUGAAGAGUUCUUUAGAGCAUAUUUGCAACAAUUUAUCCCUCCAAGCCCGUUCACUCAUUUUGAAAAGAAACAUUGGAAAUGAUCAACAAAGUGAGAUGGAUGGAUGAAGUUUGUCCCUAUUAGUUAUUAAAGAUGGAUGAAGGAUUAACUAUUAUUGUUGUGUUAAAUAUUAUAAUGGUGAUUGAUUAGAUGGAAGAAGUUGUAUAUGAUUUGUUUGUUUAGUAUAUCCAUUAGACUUUGUGACCAUAAUGCAUAUAUAUAGUGAUUAUUAAUGAUUAUAGUUUUUAAAUAUUUGAUGUGGUUUUAGAAAACAAAGUUAAAGUUGUAACAUAUGGCAUGGUAUUGGUUGUAACUUUUGGCCAAGUGUAAGUCCUCAAUCGACAAAAGUGAUUCAAGUGUUUUAUAUUUACUUUUUGUAA